AUGUCCAAUCCCUUUGAUCAAUUCGCCGUGGAUGUGCAAGCCGCACUCCCACCCGGUGCUCCAGCUCCAGGUGCCGACAAUCCUUUUGGAUAUGUGAAUCCACCAGCUCCGGCUCCAGCGCCAUCCGAUAAGCCUGUCAUGAAUUCUGGCAUGAGCAUGAAUGGAGGAUACGGACAACCGCCGCAACAACAACAAAUGUACGGAGGAAUGGGAGGAAUGGGGGCCAUGGGAGGAGCUCCAAUGGGUCAACCACCUGCUGGAGGAAACCCAUAUGGCGGUAUGAUGGGAGGAGCUCCUCCAACUCCUCAACGACCAGGACAAGCACCUGCUCCAGCAGCGGAUCCAUUCUCUGGUUUUGGAGCUCCAGCACCCAGCAUGCAGGCUCCUCCGACUCCUGGUGGAGCUCCUAAUUACAUGCAGCAAGCUCCACCCACACCCGGCCAAGGGCAAAACUUUAUGCAGGCUCCUGCUCCCGGUGCUCCACCAACUCCAGGAGGCGUUCCACCACCAUUCAUGGCGCCACCAGGAGCCCCACCUACUCCUGGACAGCAACAAGGGUACAUGGGCGCUCCACCUACUCCAGGCGGUGCUCCUCAACCUUUUAUGGCUCCACCUGGUGCUCCUCCUACCCCAGGACAACAGCAAGGAUACAUGGGGGCUCCUCCUCCUGGCACUCCAGGACAACAGCAAGGAUACAUGGGCGCUCCACCACCGGGACAACCAUAUGGAGCUCCACCACCAUCUGCUGCUGAUCCAUUUGCUUCGUACGGUGCUCCAGCACCUCCUGCUGUUGCCGCCGAUCCAUUUGGUGGAGCCUUGGUCGUUUCUCAAACGCAAAGCAACCCCUAUGCUCAAGCUCUUCCACCACAGCAACAAGGUGGCGAUCCAUUUGGUGCUCCAUCCCCUUACGGUGCUCCGCCACCGGGCGGUGAUCCAUUUGGCGCUCCAUCUCCAUACGGUGCUCCACCACCUCAGCAGCAACAACAACAGCAACAACAAGGUCCUCCGCCUGGUGGCGAUCCAUUUGGUGCUCCAGUUCCAUACGGUGCUCCGCCACCUCAACAAGGAGGGUAUGGAGCCCCACCACCUCAACAAGUCGAUCCAUUCUCGGUCUUUAACGCUGCUCCAGCACCACCACCGGCUGCUCCCGUUCAAAACCAAAUGGUUCCUGCACCACCACCGCAAUAUCAACAGCAGCAGCAGCAGCAACAACAACAGCAAGCCCCUCCACCCGCUGCUCCAGGAGGCGACGACUUUUUCGCCGAAAUGGGAUUCAGCGGACCACCCAACGGACAACCAGCCCAAGAAGCACCUGGUCCUACUACCAAUGACAAUCCUUCCCACAAGGGAGAUUUGCCACCUGGUGGAGAAUUUUAUGAUGCAAGAAUUUUCACACCUACCCUGGGAGUCAUGUUCUUCAAGCCACAAGAACUCACGGAUUCUCUCUUUCUAAAUACGGACCGAUCUUUGGUCGAUGGAUUGGGUGACCGCCCAGUCGUUGCCUUCAUCGUGGAAGGUUCGUCCGCUCGAUCGGCAGGCGUGGAAUUGGGACAUGUCCUUCUCAAGGUGAAUGGUGUCGAUGUCAGAAACCCCAAGGAUGCUUCCAGACUCAUCAAGGAAGGACCAAGACCGUUGCCACUAUUGUUCUAUGUACCUAACACGGAUGUCGUGGUGGCCGAAGGAGAACACAUGGUCAAGUACGAUACUCGCGAUACCAAUGCUCCAAACAGUGCCAAGGACUGGAAACCAAAGUAUGUUGUCAUUGGAGGAAUCAUUGCCCAACCAUGGAUGAUGAACAUGUACCGCUCCAAGUCCGAAUAUGAUAUUGCCGUCAUUGAGACACAAGCCCGUCGUCCAGUUUCCGUCAAGGUCAAGCAAUUCUCACUCCAAGGAGCCCGCGUCCAAAACGACUGGCAGGGUCCGCAAAUGGUCAAGUACAAGAACAAGCUUCACCCAUGGAAGUACAUUGUCGUUUUGCCAGUGGCCCGCAAUCCCAUCAAGAUUUCGUCUCCCAACUUGGCGUCUUUGAAACCCGUCCAUGAAGGUAUUCGACGUGUCUUGCUGGCCCAACAACGUUCGCGUGGAGGCGGUGGUGGUCGUAAUGCGGCACCACAACGUCAAUCGAGAGCUCAUCAAGAAGCAUAUUCAUCACAGUCUUAUUCACAACAGCCGCCUCAAGGUGGUGGUGGUGGUCAACCAGAAUAUCGAUACUAA